AUGCACCAGCAAGCCGAAUCGGUGGCCACCAGCACUUGCUACUUGCUUUAGUUGCACUCUGGGGUCUGACUUCUGACGAUCCGCCGAAUAGCUCCACCGCAACACUUCCGGCCGACUCGACGCUCCACCUCCCAGCACAGGCCGACCCCGAAACCCCCAUCCCGCGUCGACAUCCUCCUGCUUCGGAUCGAUACCAUCAAUCCUCGACUUCUCGACUUCUCGAUCGCUCGACGUCGACGGUCGCUGGCUGCGAGUGCGAUACCCCUCGGUGCGAGCCUCUCUUCGUUGCGAUCCGCGUCGAACGAGUGCCCACAGAGUUCUGCGCGGCCGACAGCGCCCACUGCACUCCACCCGGCGACGUUCGGGUAGCCUCGACCAUGGCCCGACCACGGCGUCCACCAGGAGUUCGCCACCGUCUAGAUCUUCGACCCUGCAUCACCAUCUUGGCUUGGGCCUUUACACUAUGCUCAUUGCAACGCACCUCGCUGUCCCCCAUCAACGUCUUGGCGUCGCCAUUGCCCAUGCGCACCUGCACCUCGCUCGCUGUGGGCCACGCGCCCAUCGUCACCACGGCCCCUAUCCCCCCGCUCUACCGACGCAACAGCGUGUCCGUGCCUAAGAAUGAUACGGGCCUUACGAUCGAUCGAUCGUCCACCUCGCUACCCAUCGCAUUGGGUGCCAACUCGACCUCGACCUCGCCCGCCCCGAAUUCGACGCCGAGCGCCAAUCCGAAUAAUCAGACUCCCAUCUCGGGCUUGUUCGGCGCGGGGCUCACCUCGUCGUGGCUAAAGUGGAUCGCUGUUGUCACCGCCGGCGGAAUUGGCUUCUCGCUUCUUUUUGCCAGGUGGUUCUGCGUCAGAAGAUACGCCCACAUCACAGUGCGGGUCAGUCCGCGUCGUUUCUCUCGGACCGUUCAGUCAGGGGUAGCCUCCCUUGCCCAUUGCAGCCGUGACCACUGACACGAGCCUGCGGCGGCAUUUGCAUCUAAUGACCAGUCUUUCUUCAUCCCACGGACCGGUCUGGAAUUCGCCUUUCUUCGUAUCAACGGGCCCCCGCUUCGAGACCCCUUGGAACCUCCUCCGACAUAUCAUUAUGCAACCUAUGGAUAUGGGCCCUCGAGUCAUCGCCAGCGGCGGCGCGAUCGUCGAACGGCGGGACAAGGCAUCUCGGCCUCGGGUGCUCGAGUCGGCGAAAGAGACGAGGAUGAUCGGCUCGAAGGCGAGGCUGACUUGGUCGGCGAGCGCUUGCCGGGGUACCACGUUGAUCGAGAGCUGCCUCAGUAUGCGACCCUCGUCGAGCACAGCCAUUCAAGCGGGGCCGCUGCCGCUGAUGCGAUAACAGCCGAACGCGGGGCCGAGGCAUCGGUCAAUGCACCAGAGGGCCAAACGGACAUGUCGAGCGACGUUGUCGAGAUGCCGACCGUGCAAGAGUACGAGAUGGCAACAAGACAGCGCGCGGGCACGGGUGGUGGUGCAACGGCUGACGAAGAUCGCUCGCUACCUGCAACGUCGGACGCAGCCAGAGAAGUGCGAUCACCCGAUUCUGCGAACGACGACAAUGACUCGUUGAACGACGGCAUAGAUUCACCAUCGAUGAACUAUCCUCCUUCGCGGCUCAUUACACCUCCUCCGAUUGCUCGCCUGUCGUCGUCGAGAUCAGCGAGGUCCGCCACCUCGCACUUGCCGCAUUCGACAGGGGUGGUCCCCACCGGACCGUCAGAGGACCGUGACUCGUUGCGCUCGACGAUUGCGAGUUUGAGUUCGGCCAAGCUCGAAGACUUUGACCACCCUCAAAAGACGGAUGGGUCGAGUUCGAAAGAGGAUGUGCACGGCGAGAGAACGGAGGGGAUCGAGAUGAAGGAAGUGCACAAAAGGGAGGAGGACGAUGCGCACACAUAA